ACGUCUCUUUUCUGUUUCGGGCGGGACUUGCAAACGCAGCCACUGGUCUAGUUUCUCCCUCACUCUGUUACUGCUGCUGGGUCAGUCGUACACUCUCCAAUAAUUAUACACUUUCAGCUACCGCGAGCAGGAGGAUACACAGCCGGAUAGUUGCUGUUCAUCUUCUUAGUUAGACGGGAUUUUACGCAGCGCCCCCGGAUAUGUGACGCUCCAUUGUUCCCCUGUCUCUUUAUUACACGAUUUAUUCCGCUUUUUUACGUCGUUACGCUGUUCUUGAUCCACAUAUCUUUUUUUCUCGGGUACCUUCACCAACACUGCGGGCUGACGUCUACGUGUACCACUAGGACACUCUUCGGGGGCAUCGAUCCGUGCAGGGACGGACGGGGGUCUGCGGCGUGUUGGUAAACAGCGCGUGCAUAGCGGCGGCCGCGAGGACUCCCUCUGGCGCAUUGAUGCACCCGUUCCAGUGGUGUAACGGGUGCUUCUGUGGUCUGGGUCUGGUUUACUCCAACAAGUCAUGCACCAUGCCACCCAUCACCUUCCAGGACCUGCCUCUUAACAUUUACAUGGUCAUCUUUGGCACAGGCAUCUUCGUCUUCAUCCUGAGCCUCAUCUUCUGCUGCUACUUCAUCAGCAAACUGCGGCACCAAGCCCAGAGCGAACGCUUUGGCUACAGAGAGGUGGUUUUGAAAGGUGAUCCAAAGAAGCUGAACCUUCAUGGGACGUGUGCAGUGUGUCUGGAGGACUUCAAAGUGAAAGACGAGCUGGGGGUGUUGCCAUGCCAACACGCCUUUCACAGGAAGUGUCUAGUGAAGUGGCUGGAGGUGCGCUGUGUGUGUCCCAUGUGCAACAAGCCGAUCGCAGGCCCCCCGGAGCAGCACCACAGCAUAGGCACCCUGCUGGACGAACUGGUGUAGUGCAGGUGUCUACAGCUCCAGCCACCAGCCCUUCAGCGACUGCUUCAGGAUCAGGUCCAGUGAGAACAGAGGACUCUGUUUGGUUGAAUGGAAAACCAGCAAACCCAUGCAAAUAGUACGAUGAUGGGGUAACCUAGUUACCACCUGGAGGAAGACUCUGAAGGAUGCAGUUGCUUAGCAACAUAACGACACCUUGUGGUGUCUGAGAUUAUGUGGAACCACCCACACAUCACUCCAGCACUCCUCCCCACUCUCUUUCUCCCCUCUUCACUCCCCCUCUUUACCUAGUUCUUCACAUGUGAGUCUCCGCUCAGGGCUCACAGUCAGCGUAGUUUAAUGGGCCUUGAUAAUAAGAAUGAACCUGCAGAGAUUUUGUUAUGAUGCUACUGGAGACCUCACCCUUUGUCUACUUAUCAGCAAAUAACAUUUUAUAACUAUGUCAAACACGAUGGGCCUAAAAGCUCAGAAACGAGAGACCAAGUGAAAAGUACAUGUAAUAAAGCUUACACCUGCUCUGCCCUGUCCUGGAGGUCGACUGUGUGUGUGGAAAUAGUCCCAUUUUAAAGGGGUCCCACAUGGUUCACACCACAGCUCUCCAACAUGUCUCUGUCCACACGUCUCUGUCCCCGAAAUGUGAUCAUGUGACUCAAUUUUUCUAUUCAACAACAACAUUAGACACAGCACCUUAACUCCUCCAGUGUUUCCUGUGCAGAUUGUUUCAAUACUUUUUCAAUAUUCUAAACAGGAGCACAGCCAGACACUCUAAGACCCUUUGCUCUUACUUUGCUACAUGUUUCUACAGUCUGUUUAAGUUUGUGGGAGAUCCAGGUACAAAUUUUCAAUGUUUUCUGUGUUAAAAUAUUUUCAAAAAGGCAACUACAUUGUUCUUGCACACAACAGGUAUUCCACAGCCCUCUGAAGUUUUUUUUAGGGUUGCACGAUAUGACAAAAAGAUGCGAUUUUCGAUAAGUAUUUCAAUAUUGUGAUAUUUUAAGCGUACUAUUUGGCAUUUGUUUAGUUAAAAUAAAAAAGUGCAUGCCUUCAUUUAUUCAAAAACAGUGUUAAAAAACGUAAAGAGGGGGUAUUACGCAAAUUCUACCAUGUUAUAGUGUUCCCUCAUCAAAAACAUGUCUGAGAUUUCAAAAAAGUUGUAAUCCGUGCAUUUUUCAGUAUUUAGUGAUCUUUCCCAGGCCCAACUCUCGAGCCUGUGUCAUCCAUGCUCCCACACAACAAUUCUCUGUAAAUAUACAAAAACAUGAUACAAAAAUGUACACAAAAACUUGACAAACCUGAUAUGAUGUGCAGUAGUUUCAUUAGCGGGAUGCACACUGAUUGUGUUGUGAUAGAGAAGAGGAAGUGACUCAGCGUGGAGAGCAAAGAGAGGUGAGACUCAAGUGUCAAAAACUAGAUCAAUAAAAGGUAACAUGGUGAUCGAAAUUAUGUUAUUUGUUAGCAGUUAAUACUCCAUAGAUGUAAAAUACCCCCUCUUUAACUUAACCAAGACCAACCGAAAGAAGAAAAAUUAUGAAUAAAAUCUGCCUUUUGGUGCAUUUAAAAAACAUUUCUUCAAAUUGGAGAACUUUGUGUUGUUGCUGUAUAUUUAUUCUCUUAUAUUGUGCAGCCCUAGUUUUUUUUAUUGUUAUUAUUAUUUUCUGUAACUCUGCAAAACACUGCCUAAAUUGAGCACAAACUCACUAAGCACACACACUCACCUGCACUGUAUUUUACAGGUGAGGUUGCAGAUUUAACAUCUAUUUGCCAAGAAAAUAACAACUACUAUGUUCUGUUAAAAACCAGAGCAGAGGACUCUUUUACUCACACAUUCCACCUUUUGUAAAAUUCAGGUAAUUCAUGUAAAUAUGUUAAAACAAUAAUAAAGUUGUCUGUUUUGCGCA